AGCCUCGCUCGCUCUCUCUAACCAAGCAGCGCAGCGUCGUCGUCGUCGUCGUCGACGGCGAGUCGUGGUGGUGGUACGUGGCGGUGGUGCACUAGCUGCGGCGAGCGGGACACACACACACACACACACACACACACUAUUGUGCGUGCGUGCGUGCGUACAAACGAUGGCGGUCGAGUUCGUGGUCGUGGCCCUGCGCGCAGCGCGGGAGCACGUGCGGGCGUCUGAUGUGGCGGUGGCCGGAGCGGUGCUGUUCGCGUUCAGCGCGGCGGUGAGCCGCCUGGUGGCGUCGCGGCGGGGGGCGCCCAUGCUGUGGCCGGUGGCCGGCAUCGUGCCGACGCUCUUCGCGCACCUCGACGACAUCUACGAGUGGGGCUCCGCCGCGCUGCUGCGCGCCGGGGGCACGUUCCCGUACCGCGGCACGUGGGGCGGGGGCUCCUCCGGCGUCAUCACCUCCGUGCCGGCCAACGUCGAGCACGUGCUGAAGGGGAACUUCGGGAACUACCCCAAGGGGCCGUACUACCGGGAGCGGUUCCUGGAGCUGCUCGGCGAAGGGAUCUUCAACGCCGACGGCGAGGUGUGGCGCGGGCAGCGGCGGGCGGCCACCGCGGAGAUGCACUCGUCGCAGUUCGUGGAGUUCUCGUCGAGAAGCGUCGAGCAGCUGGUGUAUGGCCGGCUGGUGCCGCUGGCCGAGCGGCUGGGCGACGCCGGGGCCGCCGUCGACCUCCAGGAGGUGCUGCUCCGGUUCACGUUCGACAACAUCUGCGCCGUGGCGUUCGGGGUCGACGCCGGCUGCCUCGCCGACGGCCUCCCCGACGUGCCGUUCGCGCGCGCGUUCGAGCUCGCCACCGAGCUCUCGCUCCUGCGCUUCAUCACGCCGCCGUUCAUCUGGAAAGCCAAGCGGUUCCUCUGCGCGGGCAGCGAGCGGCGGCUCGUCGAGGCCACGCGCGCCGUGCGCGAGUUCGCCGAGCAGACGGUCGCCGACCGCCGCAACGAGAUGCGCAAGGUCGGGAGCCUGCACGGCCGGUGCGACCUCCUCUCGCGGCUCAUGUCGGCGCCGGGCUCCGACUACUCCGACGAGUUCCUCCGCGACUUCUGCAUCAGCUUCAUCCUCGCCGGGCGCGACACGAGCUCCGUCGCGCUCGCCUGGUUCUUCUGGCUCCUCGCCUGCCACCCGGACGUCGAGUCGCGCGUCGUCGACGACGUCCUCGCCGCGGGCGGCGACAUCAAGAAGAUGGACUACCUCCACGCGGCGCUCACGGAGGCGAUGCGCCUCUACCCGCCGGUGCCCGUCGACUUCAAGGAGGCCCUCGCCGACGACGUGCUCCCGGACGGCACGCUGGUCCGCGCGCGGCAGCGCGUGAUCUACUACACCUACGCGAUGGGGCGCGACCCGGCGUCGUGGGGCGACGACGCGGCCGCGUUCCGCCCCGACCGCUGGAUGCGGGGCGGCGCGUACGCCGGCGGCGAGAGCCCGUUCAAGUACGUGGUCUUCAACGCCGGGCCGAGGCUGUGCAUCGGGAAGCGGUUCGCCUACACCCAGAUGAAGACCGUGGCGGCGGCGGUGUUGUCGAGGUUCGCCGUGGCGGUGGUGCCCGGCCAGGAGGUGAAGCCGAAGCUGAACACGACGCUGUACAUGAAGAACGGCCUCAUGGUGCGCUUCCGGAGGAGGGAGCAGCCGCAGAACCACGUCGUCGUCGACGGCGACGACGUCGCCGCCGUCGCGGCCGGAAGAAGCUGCAGCAACACUCGACAGUGAAGAAGAAGAAGAGCUGGUGCCAAUCUCGAGCUGGACGGCAUGACAUUUGUGCCGGAAAAAG